CAUUGAUACUUCAUCAAAUUUUAUGAUGCUUGAUGGGAGGAGGAUAUCUAUGGGGUAUAAGUCAGUUAGUUAAUAAUCCAUCAACACCAAUAAUUCAUGCUAUACAAAAUCGUCUAACACGAAAAGAAGAGGAAACCUGUACAACAUCUACUUGUCAAGAUAAGCAACAACUACAGGUCGUAGUUGCUUCAAAUAAAUCCUAUGAUAGUAGAAGGAAUAAUGGCAGUAAGAUAACUGUUAAGUGUAGCAACAAAGUUUCAGCAGUGUUCGAGGGUCAGCCGCAAAGUAUCCAGGUAGGAAGUGGAUUAACCAAACACCGAAAUGUGGCAGUUCAAUGUAACAAAACGUUUUGUAAAAAAACAAGCAGAACAACAAGUAUUCAGCAAAUUCUUUGUUCAGACAACAGCACUACUACACGUUGGAAUAUUGACAGAAGAAAUAUUCAAACAAACACUUCGACGAAUAAAAUUUGCAAUGAACAUCAUAAAGUAUUUACUCUUUUAACAGACCGGGCUAUUAUUGAUAGAUUUAAUGUAAAAGAUAAACCAACUUUAAUAAUCAGAUUAAAAUCCAAGUUACACGAAAUGCUAAAGUUAAUACAAAUGAACAAGAUUGAAAACUUAACAAAGUACCACCCUCCUCAGGAAAACGUUUUAAGAUUGUAUAAAAGCAUUAGUUUCGAAAAUGUGAACAUUAGUAAAAGAUAA